CCGUCCGAUUAAGCACAAAGAAGCACAGUAAAUGUCAAUCGUGUCCAUCCGCCGCCAUACCGCACAUCCUUCGUCCGACCGGAAGGCCCUAUAUAAAGUCCUUUGGUUUUCCGAAUUUCUACUUCAUUCGCUUUUGAAAGAUUUCCCAAUCUCUUCGUCGGCCAAAAUUCUCUCUCGCUUCUCAACCCUUCUUCGGCUUUUUCAUCCAGAUGGCUCGUACGAAGCAAACUGCUCGCAAAUCUACAGGAGGGAAGGCUCCCAGAAAGCAGCUUGCUACUAAGGCUGCGCGUAAGUCGGCUCCCACAACUGGAGGCGUGAAGAAACCACACAGAUACCGCCCAGGAACAGUCGCUCUUCGAGAAAUCCGCAAGUACCAGAAGAGUACAGAGCUCCUAAUCCGCAAACUUCCAUUCCAGAGGCUUGUUCGUGAAAUUGCACAGGAUUUCAAAACAGAUCUACGUUUCCAGAGCCACGCGGUUUUGGCAUUACAAGAAGCUGCUGAAGCUUAUCUUGUUGGGUUGUUCGAAGAUACCAAUCUCUGCGCCAUUCACGCCAAGCGUGUUACAAUCAUGCCAAAAGAUAUCCAACUUGCCAGAAGAAUCCGUGGUGAAAGAGCUUAAAUCCAACUUCAUCUAAGAUUAGACUAUGCGUCAAAUAUAAUUUUUUUUUCUUCUUUUGUUGGAAUUGCAAUCUAUGUGUAAAUUGUGUUUUGCUUCAAUAAACACAAUCUAUACUUUUACUUCCAUGAACAUUAUUAUUGGUUUCAAACUACAAAGUUUGUUUAUUAUCUUUAUGUGAAAUUCAAUUUGUCUUCACAA